AUGUAUUGUGUAUAUUUUCACAAGUAUGAUAGGUUAUAUUGUAACGUUAUAAAUAGGUGUAUUUUGUAUAUUUUCACCAGUAUGAUAGGUUAUAUUGUAACGUUAUUACGACAAGUAUUUUGUAUAUUUUCAGCAAGUAUGAUAGGUUAUAUUGUAACGUUAUUACGACAUCUAUUUUGUAUAUUUUCAGCAACCAGUAUGAUAGGUUAUAUUGUAACGUUAUUACGACAAGUAUUUUUGUAUAUUUUCAGCAAGUAUGAUAGGUUAUAUUGUAACGUUAUUACGACAUCUAUUUUGUAUAUUUUCAGCAGUAUGAUAGGCUAUAUAGUAACAUUAUUAGCAGUGCUAACAGUGGCUACAGCAGCCCCUCUCGAUCUAAAAGCAUCGUUUGCCAAAUUAGACGGCAAUAGAGACGGGCAAGUCACGUUAGCUGAAUUUAAUGCUACAUUGUCGUCUUUAGACACUGAUCACAAUGGUAAAAUAAUUCUGAGAGAAUACAUUGCUGGUUCAGCAGCGGAUAAAACCCUUGCCACCAGAAUCUUUGAUUACUUUGACUAUGAUGCUGAUGGUCAUAUCGAUGCUGAUGAUUUGAAUGUUGGAUUCCAUCAGUUUGAUGUAAACCUGGAUAAUGGUGUCUCAUUUGCCGAAUAUUCUGCCGGUUAUCAAGCUAUUGUGUCUCUGUUACUACCAGCAACAUCCAAACCUAUUAUAGGCUAACUUCUGUAUGUGAUUUAUAAUAAAAUGUUAUAAUAUAGUUUAA